AUGCCAGAGAAAAUCAAUUUGUCAGGUGUAAUACAUACCGGAAUUAGUGAUCAGCCGUGGGAACAAAUUGUCCUACAAUCAGACACAGACUCUAUGUGGACUCUUUGGAAAGAAUUAUUUCUUGAAGUCCUAGACAAGCAUGUUCCAAUUCAGCAUAUUAGAAAGAAAUCGUCUAGUAUCCCGUGGUUGACUAGUGAAAUAAAAAAGCUACUUUUUGAUAGAGAUAAGAAAAAAUGUAGAGCGAUGAUAAUAAAGCUAAAUGCGAACUGGGAUGAAUAUAAGGCAUCUAGAAACAAGGUCAAUAUUGCCUUACGACAGGCCAAAGCUGAUUACUACCGCAAUAAAAUAGCUACUCAAAAUAACAAUCCCAAAGAGGCCUGGAAAACAAUUAAUAGGUUACUAGGUCGUUCCUUCAGUGACACAUCCGUGAAUGAAUUAAAAAUAAAUGAUGUCAACCUUACUUCACCCGGUGAAAUAGCUGAAGCAUUUCACACAUACUUUUCAAAUGUUGGCCCUAUGUUGGCAAACUCCAUGGCAGAUUCUAGUGUUUCUUUUGAACAAUUUGUAAAACCUAUUCAAUCUAAAAUGUUACGUUUUAAGUUGGUGCCAUACAGCAAAGUACUCAACCUUUUAAACAGCCUAUCUAAAUCUAAGGAAACAGGCCUUGAUAAAAUAUCAGGAAAGAUAUUGAAAGCUGCUGCUAGUUUUAUUGCCUCCUCACUUACUUAUAUUUUCAAUCAUGCGCUUAUCUCUAGCCACUUUCCAUCUGAAUGGAAAGUAGCAAGGCUGCUGCCUCUUUUCAAAAAGGGCCCACGAAAUUUAGCUGAAAAUUAUAGUCCAAUUUCAAUUUUGCCAUCAAUAAGUAAACUAAUGGAAAGAAUUAUGUACGACCUGUUAUACGAAUAUCUUAAUGAGAAUUAUUUACUAUCUGACCACCAGUUUGGUGUUCGUAAGUUUCAUUCGACCGCUUCGGCUCUUCUAGAUUGUACAAAUAAUUGAUAUAUGAACAUGGACCGUGAAAUGUUUAACUUAGUAGUGUUUCUUGCGUAAAUUGGAGCCUUGUUAUACGGUAUCACCGGAAAUGCGUUGUCUAUGAAUAAAUCUUUUUUAACCGACCGUAAACAGAAAUGUCAACUUGGUGACGUUAUAACUUCUGAGAGUCGUGUUACAUGCGGUAUCCCACAAGGCUUCAUUCUUGGCUCACUCUUGUUUCUCUUAUACAUAAAUGACCAACCAGACUGUCUUAGACAAGUUAGCCCUCGGCUGUUUGCCGAUGAUACGAAUCUUACUGCAGCGGGAGAAACUAUAGAAGAGGUUGAGUUGGCCAUGAAUAAUGAUCUCUUACGAAUAAAGGAAUGGCCUUUGGCCAACAAACUAAGUCUUAAUGUUGCAAAAACGGAAUUUCUUUUAAUUGGCUCACAUCAUAAAUUGAACAACCUUGAUUCUGAACCAUCUGUUAACAUCGGUCAUAACAUUGGCGUUGAAAUUGACGAAAUCUAUUUUGGAACAAACACAUUGAAAAUGUAG